CACAUCACUAAUAGUACGAAGAGUUCUUCUAUGCAUUACCGACCCAUUCGGCCGGAUUUUUUCGAUCUCCUAAAAAACCUAUCUUUUCACAAUCUGCACAGGUUCUGUUCUGUUACUUACCACCAUCUCUCUCUCUCUCUCUCUCUCUUGAUCGCCGGUGUCAUGUUUCCCGAUUGUUGUUCUUGCAACAAUCACUAAACCCUAAUUUUCCGUUCAUUAUUCCAUCGUUGUUACUUCUGCUGAUUUGAUUGGGAGAUCUGAGUGAUAUAUUUGGUGGGUAUUGAUUAGGGCAAGAAAAAGAUUGUGUUUUUCGUGAGGAAUUGGAUAUAUGUCCGUCAAUCAAUCAAGGGGUGAUAAAAACGAGCCCCCACACUACAGAAGAUCCGGUCGAUCUGGCAACCCUGGCUCGCCUAGGAACUUUUCAGGUGGCGGGAGGGGCGGUGGCGGUACCGCCGGGCCUCAGUCGUCCUCUGCGUUUUAUUCGGGUAAAAGCUUCAAGAAAGUGGUUAGUAAUGCACAAGGUGCACAAGCUAGGGUAACGGGUCCGGUUUCGAAUCCGAAUGUGGGUUCGGGUGGCUCUUCGAAUUCUUCGACUGGCGGUCGAGGUCCAGGUCCGCAAAAUGGCGCCCAUUUUCAACCACCAGUAAGAGGAACACCUGAUGCGUCAUCUGCUGGUGCUACUGUAAAGCCGACUGAUGCACCGGUUCAGAAAAGCACACCGGGCUUGCCAAAGGCUCCACAGAGUAACACGGUUUCUCCCGGUUCUGGCACUACGGGUCCUUCUACUCCUGUUAAGGGUCCGGCUGAUGCUUCGAAGGCAUUUCCUCUUCAAUUCGGGUCAAUUAGUCCCGGUGUUAUUAACGGCAUGCAGGUACCUGCACGAACCAGCUCCGCCCCACCAAAUUUGGAUGAGCAGAAACGGGCCCAGCAGGCCCGUCUCGAUUCGUUAAAGGCUACUUCUUUUCAAAAUCCAGCAACGCCAAACCAACAUUUACCAAGGAAAGAUCCUGGGCCCGUUGAUCAGCCCGUUGAGGCCCGCCCCAUCUCAAAAGAGAAAAAAGACGUGCUUUCUUCACCUCCGGUACCCGUUGCAGCCCAUCCCCAGAAACCAACAGGUCCUCCUAUCGCGUCUAUCCCUACUGGCGUUUCCAUGAAAAUGCCAUAUCACCAAUCUCAAAUUCACAUCCCGUUUGGCGGCCCAAAUCCGCCAAUGCAAUCCCAAAACAUCGGUAACACGGUCCCACUCCCGAUGCAUUUACCGGUCGGUAAUCCGCCACCGCAAGUGCCGCCACAGGUGUUUGUCUCGGGUAUUCAACAUCAUCAGGGAAUGAUUCAUCAGAAUCAAGGGUUGACUUUCUCGUCUCAGAUGGGUCCGCAGAUCGGAAACAUGGGGGGCAUGGGGAUGGGGAUCGGGCCCCAAUAUCAACAUCAACAUCAACAGCCCAUGGGUAAUUUAAAUUAUGGCAGUGCUCGAAGGACGGUAAAGAUCACGCACCCAGACACUCAUGAGGAGCUGCGGCUCGAUAAACGGACUGACGGGUCUUCGGGGCAACGGUCGCACAUGCAUCCGUCUCAGGCAUUUCCACCUGCGGCUCAUCCCAUGAACUAUUAUCCGAAUUCUUAUAAUCCGAAUCCCCUUUUCCCCCAGCCACCUGGUUCUAACCCAUUGAAUAGUUCACAGACGACUCCUGGUUCUCAGCCACCGAGGUUUUAUAAUCAGGCCUCUAAACAGGUGACAGUAAAACAACCGACGAUUAGUUCACAUGCAGAAAAGGUUGGUGACUCAGCAGACAAAAGUCAAAGAGCAGGUGGAGAAAGUCACCCACUUAAAAAUUCAGAGACAACGGCUACCUCUUUACCACAAUCCGAGAAUACGGCUAAUACUUCAGCUGCUGCUGAGGCUGAAGUUGCCAAAAAAACAACGGUUAAUAAGUCUGGCUCUUUUAAAGAGGAACAUAAUACGCAGCCUGGAGAUAAGGCAGGCGGGCAACCAUUGUCUGUUACAAGCUCUUCAGCGGCACACCAUGGUUCAGACGUUAGUGUAGUUCAAGAGACAUCAAAGUUAUCGACUUUACCUUCGGAAACCAGCAAGGAUGUGUCGGAAACUAGCAACAAAGUUGAGGGGUCGUCCAAUGAUAGUAAUGAACAAGGCGUUAACUCUACUCCUCAAGUUGGUUGGGGAGAUAACGCCCCUAACGUUGAAGAAACUGUUAUGUCAGAAGAACAAGUCAAAGAAUCUGUUGACCAAAACCAAGAUAUCACUGUCCCUGAUGUAACUGUAAAUAAUAUUGACGGAUCAAUUUCCGCUUCAGAUGUUGAUGAUAAGAAAGAUGACCGGUUAAGCAAGUUUGAUGUUGACCAAGUCAAUACAAGUGAACCUGUUUCGGUUUCCGCUUCAGAGACCUCAUCUUUGACUUCAGAAGUAGAGGCUACGGGCUCGAUUCAUCCUUCAUCUUCUAGUAAUAAGGUCAAGGGUAAUACUGGAGCUAAAGGCAAGAAGAAAAUAAAAGAGAUCUUGAAAAAUGCCGAUGCUCGUGGGACCACUUCUGACCUUUAUAAUGCUUAUAAACGCCCCGAAGAUAAGAAAGAAACUUCAUCUGCUACUGAAGUUGUUGAAAACCCGAACCCGCCUGUUACCGAAAAAGACAUUGUUUUGUCACGUGGGCCCGCCAAAGUUGAGCCCGAUGAUUGGGAGGACGCUGCGGAUCUUUCGACUCCCAAAAUGGAAACGGGUUUGAAGCAGAAACAUCACAGUGAGGUUGACAAUGACGGAAUGACAAAAAAGUAUUCCAGAGACUUCCUACUGAAAUUUUCUGAUCACUGUACUGAUCUUCCAGAAGGUUUCGAGAUUACACCCGAUAUAAAUGAAGUGUUUGUAGGAACAGGUGUCAAUGCGGCUCGUGAACCAUACCCGAGCCCGGGUAGAGGUGGUGGUGAUAGGUCGGCGGGUGGGUCACGGCUCGACCGGCGGCCAAGUAAUGUCGGUCUUGACGACAAGUGGAAUAAAGUGUCAGGAGGACCCAUGGGUCCCGGAUGGGACCCCAUGGGCUACCCCACAAGAGGGAACCAUGGUGUGUUGAGGACCCCACGUGGUCAGCCACCUGGCCAGUACCCUGGUGGCAUUUUGUCUGGACCAAUGCAGUCCCCUAGCCCACAGAUGCAACGUAAUAAUUCGGAUUCAGACAGGUGGCAGCGCGCUACUGGUUAUCAAAAGGGGUUAAUGCCUUCUCCUCACACACCAAUGAUGCACAAAGCCGAUAGGAAGUAUGAAGUUGGUAAAGUAACGGAUGAGGAACAGGCAAAGCAAAGACGAUUGAAAGGAAUUUUAAACAAGUUGACUCCACAAAACUUUGAAAAACUGUUUGACCAAGUCAAAGAAGUUAAUAUCGACAAUGCUGAUACUCUGUCGGGUGUGAUUGGUCAAAUAUUUGAUAAGGCUUUAAUGGAACCGACUUUUGUUGAGAUGUAUGCCAACUUUUGCUCCCGUUUGGCUGUCGAGUUACCUGGUUUUGGUGAAGAUAACGAGAAGAUUACUUUCAAGAGAUUAUUAUUGAAUAAAUGUCAAGAGGAAUUUGAAAGAGGAGAGAGAGAGGAAGAAGAAGCGAAUCGAACAGAAGAAGAAGGUGAAAUGAAGCAGAGUGAAGAGGAACGUGAAGAGAAACGGGUCAAGGCCCGAAGACGCAUGUUGGGUAAUAUAAGACUUAUCGGUGAAUUAUACAAGAAAAGAAUGUUGACUGAAAGAAUAAUGCACGAAUGCAUAAAGAAACUGUUAGGGAUUAAUCAGAAUCAGAACCCUAACCCUGAUGAGGAAAACAUCGAGGCGUUGUGCAAAUUAAUGAGUACAAUCGGGGAGAUGAUUGAUCAUCCAAAAGCUAAAGAGCACAUGGAUGUAUAUUUUGACAUGAUGUAUAAGUUGUCGAAUAACAUGACACUUUCUUCACGAGUAAGGUUCAUGUUAAAAGACGCAAUUGACCUUAGAAAGAAUAAGUGGCAGCAAAGAAGGAAGGUUGAAGGUCCAAAAAAGAUUGAAGAGGUGCACCGGGAUGCCGCUAAUGAACGCCACGCCCAAUCCAGCAGACUAGCUCGUGGGCCCAACUCUAACCCGUCAAUUCGGAGGGGAGGUCAGCCCAUGGACUUUGGCCCAAAAGGGUCAGCAGGUGUUUUACCUUCAAACCCUCAAAUGGGUGGUGGUUUUCGUGGAUUACCCCAACAACAGAUGCGCGGUUUCGGCAAUCAAGAUUCAAGAUUCGACUCUUAUGAUAAUAGGACUUUGUCGGUUCCUUUGAGACCCAUGGGUGAUGACUCUAUAACCCUCGGGCCACAAGGUGGUCUAGCCAGGGGGAUGUCGGUUAGGGGUCAACCUUCUAUGCAAGGCGUCGCUGGCCCUAAUAACGGUUAUGGUGGUUCCAUGAUACCAGAUAGAGGGGGUUACAGUCAACGUGAAGAUCUAGCUUCAAGAUACAUGCCCGAACGGUUUUCCCCUCGACCUGGUUUUGAGCCAUCCAAUAUACAGGAACACAACAUGAACAAUGCGAACCGGCGUGGUUUCGAUCGAGUUCGACCAUCCACACCACCUGAACGGGCCCGUGUGUCUACUCCCCCACAAAGUGGCUCUUCAGAUAAGCCGGUUUUGUCGGAAGAUCGUUUACAUGAUAUGUCCAUCGAGGCAAUCAAAGAGUUUUACAGCGCAAGAGACGAAAAAGAAGUUGCUUUGUGCAUCAAAGAUCUUAACGCGCCCGGAUUUUAUCCGUCAAUGAUAUCGAUUUGGGUCACUGAUUCUUUCGAGAGGAAAGAUAUGGAUCGGGAUUCACUUGCUAAACUUCUCGUAAAUCUUACGAAAUCUCAAGAAGGCAUCCUAACUCAAGACUCCCUUGUUAGAGGAUUCGAAUCUGUUUUAUCGACAUUGGAGGACGCAGUGAACGAUGCGCCAAAAGCAGCAGAGUUUUUGGGUCGUAUGUUUGCAAGAAUACUUAUAGAAAACGUGAUCCCUUACAAACAAGUUUGGCGUUUGAUAUACGAAGGCGGGGAGGAGCAAGGACGGCUUGUGCAAACGGGUCUUGCAGCCGAUGUUCUUGGAGUGAUUCUAGAGAUGAUCAAGUCGGAAAAAGGCGAUCCAUUUUUGAACGAUCUACGCGCGUCUUCUAAUCUUCGGUUAGAGAAUUUCCGACCACCGACUCUGAAAAAAACAUCAAGGUUAGAUAAGUUUAUUUAGAUCAUAAGAGUGAAGAUGCUCGGUUUUGUUAUCUUUACAAGGAUAGAUCUGUUAUGGAUUUGAAUAGCAGUUGGUACAUAUCUAUCUAUCUACCUACCUAGGGGGGGUUUUGUACCCUUCAUUGUUCUAAAUUAUCAACUCACAAAAAGAUUUAACUGUCAUUAUCCUUAAAGGUUUCAUUGAGCAUCCAGAUUUUUACUUGCUGAUCUCAUCAUGUUUGUGUGCAAUGUAUUUGAACACCUUUUUGUCUU